AUGACGAGUUACUCUGUUGGUUUUAUAUUGACCAUCGUCACGAUGUUCACAAGAGCUGUUUCUCAAGAUUAUAUGAAAUUGGGUUGCUGGGGUGACACGGCAAACAGGGCUGUUCCCACUUUAGAAGGUAAAGAUCCUAUCCUUGAUGGGAAUUACUGGGCAAGAGUGAACCCAAUCGAGAAAUGCUACCAAGCUGCAAAGAAACGUGGGUACCAAUAUUUUGCCGUACAGAACGGUGGAUGGUGUGCCUCCUCCAAUAACGCCGUACAAACAUAUAUGAAAUACGGGCCUUCGGCCAGAUGCAAAUCAGACGGAGAAGGUGGACCGUGGGCCAACCAAUUGUACAUGAUACCGAGCGAUUUGGAGUCAUGCACUAAUACCACAUCUAACAAACUGGUGGCGUUCUCGGCAGGGAGAUCCCACGAUCUAGAUCGGAGUGGAAAAGGAGAAGCAGUGGUUGUGUACGACACCGUCUUCCUGAACGAUGGCAACGGUUACAACAAAGACACCGGCAAAUUCACCUCUCCGAGUUCAGGGGUCUACGUCUUCCAUUACCACAGCCUCAGCAUCAACAGCAAGGCCGUGUUUGUCCGAUUGUACCUUAAUGGCCAGAUAAAGAACACGGGAUACGGUGGAACGUCUAAAGGGCAUUCCACCGGUAGUAAUACUAUCGCUUUGCGGCUCUUCAAAGGGGACGAGGUGUGGAUCGGUUUGGUUGGAGGUCACGCCCUUCAUAACCACCCCGGGGAGUUUCACAGCACUUUCACAGGUUACCUACUUUAUCCCAGCAGAUGCAGCCAGUGA